AUGACAAAGAAUGAAGGAGACGCUGCCCAGGAAGCGCUAGGGGGUGUGGGGGGGGUGGUGGUCAGGGUGGGGGGGUCUAGGAAGGAGUCCAGUGGUCGAGGAACUAUGGGAGGGGGGUGUGGGGUUUUGGGCAUGGGGGGGGGGGGGGGGGGGGGGGGGGGGGGGGGGGGGGUGGGGGGUGGUAAUAUUCUGUGGGGUUGGAAGGAGAUGGGGGAGAGGGAGUUGAAGGGGGGUGGGGGGGGGGGGGGGGGGGGGGGGGGGGGGGGGGGGGGGAUGGGGGGGGAUGGGGUGGGGGGAAAUGUGGGGGGAGAGGUGGGUAUGGGUCGGGAGGGGGGGAUUUUAGUGGGGAAGGGGUGGGGGGGGGGGGGGGGGGGGGGGGGGGGGGGGGGGGGGGGGGGAGGGGGGGGGGGGGGGAGGGGAUGGGUGAAUAGGGGGGGUGAAAAUGGUAAAAUUGUUGGGAGUGGAUGA